AUCUGUUUAGGCAUUUCAUCCUUUCACCUCCGCUCACCAAGGCGUCUAUCACCAUCCUCACCGGUUGUCUCCCACGGUAUUAUCCUCCGCCGUCUUAGGAUUCCCUGCCAAAGCUUGGAACACCUCUGGCCAAUUGCUUCUUCAGAGAGGUGAAAUGGACGAGAAACGAGAUUUGGCGGAUCGGUACCCCGAACGCGACUCCGGCAGCCCAGACACGUCAACCUUGAACGAUGGAGAUGCAAUAACCGCCAUUCGAACAACCGAUAACCGAGGCUCGCCUUCCGACCUUGACGAGGGAUCCCCUGCCCAAGACAAUGGACCUCCCCCCCCGCCCAACGGAGGCUAUGGUUGGGUUUGCACAGCUAGUGUCGCAACCAUCAACGCACAUACUUGGGGCCUCAACUCCAGUUAUGGUGUGUUCCUUGCUUACUACCUGAAGAACAACACCUUCCCUGGCGCCACAUCCCUCGAGUACGCCUUCAUUGGCUCACUGAGUGUCAGCUCCGCCCUCCUCAUAUCCCCUCUUGCCACCAUUGCCGUCCGCGAGCUCGGUACCAGACGAACUCUGUUCAUCGGCGUUGUCCUUGAAACCGCCAGCCUGAUCUGUGCCAGUUUCGCCCACAGGAUCUGGCACCUUUUUCUCACCCAGGGCGUCCUCUUUGGCAUUGGGAUGGGAUUCCUCUUCGUUCCAAGUGUUGGCAUCGUUCCCCAGUGGUUCACAACCCGCCGAUCUUUGGCCAAUGGCAUCUCAGCUGCAGGAUCCGGCCUUGGCGGACUCCUCUAUUCGUUUGCCAGUGGCGCCAUGAUUAGGAACCUCGGCCUUGCAUGGGCAUUUCGGAUCCUCGGCAUUCUUGUCUUUGUCGUCAACACCAUCUGCACCCUUCUAGUCAAAGAUCGUAACAAGAUCAUUGGCUCCCGCCAAGUAGCAUUUGACACUGCCCUGUUCAAGCGUGUCGAGUACCUCUUGCUGCUCGGCUAUGCGUGGUUCAGUAUGCUAGCUUAUAUCGUGCUCAUCUUCAGCUUGGCAAACUAUGCUAACGAAGUCGGGCUCAAUUCCUCGCAGGCCGCUCUUGUCAGCGCCAUCUUCAAUUUGGGCCAGGCUUUUGGCCGACCAUUCAUCGGGUACUUUAGUGAUAGGACUGGUCGUAUCAACAUGGCUUGUCUGACAACAUUCAUGGCCGCAAUCUUUGUCUUUGCCCUCUGGAUCAACGGCAAUGUCUACGGAGUUCUGAUCUUAUUCACUAUUAUCGGCGGUGCUGUGGGCGGCACCUUCUGGGCGACCAUCGCCCCAGUCACGGCCGAAGUGGUUGGCUUGGCGGAUGUCCCUUCUGCUCUCAAUCUCGUUUGGUUGGUCAUUGUACUACCGUGUACUUUCAGUGAGCCCAUUGCUUUGGAAAUCGUGGCGAAAACGGGCAAGUACAUAGGCGCCCAGCUAUUUGUCGGCUUCAUGUACAUUGUGGCUACAAUGUGUUUGGUUGUGCUGCGGGGAUGGAAGAUUGGUGAAAUCGCCGAAGUUGCUCGAGUGACGCACCAAGCGCCCGAGAAUAUCGACCGAGUCAUGACUGCCAACAGCGAGGUUGUCAGUGUCAAGAGCAAAAUGGUAGGGCGAAAACGGAUGUUUGCUGAGUGUGGGAAGCCUGGAAGAGUCUGAAUGAUACGGAUGAAGGUCUGAAUGAAAACUGGGAAUAAGCACACCAAAUUACCCUGAAUGUUUAGGUAAUACAUAACACCUAAUACAUAAAAUAAAUAGUUAUUUUGAUGAGAAAUAAAUAAUAAUUAGUUCUCUAA